CACUAACAAAAUUUAAUGCCGAAAUUGAUCACUAGAGAUAGAAGCGCCUACUGGACUAAGUAUUUAAUGCUCAAAGUUCAAGAAUAAUUUGAAGAUUAUUGAGAACUGAGGUACCUAUGAGAAAGGUUUAGAAAAUUGUUACAGUAGAGACUGAGAUGUAAAUUGUAAUUUCGUUUGACGGCUUAGAAGAUAGCACAAUUAUUAAUGAAUAAUUAGUGACAGAUUAAUGAGAUUAUCAGUAUUAGUAUUAGUAUUUUUAUAAUAGUAUUAUAAUUAUAUUUAUUACCAUAUACCGGUAUUUAUGAAUUAUUAGUUAGUGAAUUUAGUGUCAUUUUUAUUUUUAGUAGUCAUUACUUUACUGACUAGACUGGAGUUAUAAGACUUUAGACUUCGCAUUUAAUUUAGUCUCCAGCUCCGAAACUCUAAAAUUAGUAAAAGCCAAAAGUAAAAAUAUAUUACUAAAAUAUUAAAAUUUGACUUUACUCUUGCCAUGCCAUUCAUAAUAUUAAUUAAUUAAUAGAUCAUACUACCUUUUUGGUGGCCUAAAAAUAGUAAACACAACCAUUUAACUUUUGACUCUGUAGUGGCUCUUUACUCACUUACACAUGGUGUAACUAGCAAAACCCUAAACCUAGGCCAUUGAAUGACCCAUUGGCAUGGUCUUGAGCUAUGGAUGGCUAUUAGAUAUGAUCCUAUUUCACUGUGUGGUCUUGUGGUAUCAUAAACUCUAGGGUGAUAAUAAUAUUUUAUGAUAAAUUCCAAGGCUAGGAUACUGUUUUACUAGGCCAAAUAAACUUAACCUAUAUGAACUAUAUCUUUUUCAUCUUAAUUAAAAAUUUAUUUUAUAAUUUAAAUUUAAUUAUUACGUUCAAUAGUAACAGUAGUAUUUUAAUAAAAUAUUUUAAAGCAUUUUAACUACACAUUAUGUAUAACUAAGUAUUUAACUUGAACAAGAUGUGCUGGCCUUAAAACUCAUAAUAAUAAGCCAUCAAAAUGCAUUAAGAUAAGCCAUUCCUACCACUCAAUUAGUCUAAUGGUACCCGGCUGCGAAUUGCGGUUCUGCAUGUCUGGAUCCAUUAAAAAGUCAAGAAAUCCAUUAUGUGGUAGAAAUGUAUCCCAAAUUUGUUACACGAUUAGACAUUGCCAAACAAAGAGGCAUCCAUGAAACCAACCAAAAUAAACCUAUCAAUAAAGAAUUAUUUGUCAACAAGUUUGCCAUGUUCUGUCACUCAAUAAACAAUAAAGAUUUACUACACAUCAUGCUCUUUACCAUGUAACAUAAAAUAGAUAAGUUAUUGAUUUAUUACAUUGCUUACUUCAGCAUGGGUGAUAAACUUGAGAAAAUGAAAAUACAUGAGACUACUGUAAGACAUCGCGUGGAAUGUGAGGAGAGGGCCUUUCACAUUGUAAACAAACUCAUUGAUGGCAGUAUUGAUGAAGAAUAUCUCAUUCAUUGUGUAUGUAUAUGUUUAUUACAAAAUCUUUUUAAUGUUUUCCAAAAAAGAUUUGACUUAAUUCAAAACAAAUUGCAGUUGUGAUUAUCUUGAAAACUACACACAAAUGGUCUGUGAUGCUAAAUGUCAUUUUUAAAAAUUAAAUUGUCAAGUAAAAAUUAAAUUUUAUGGAUAAGCUAGAAGCAUUCAGGUAUAUUUUAAAUAUAACUCAUGACAUUUCAUAACUUGAUCUUAACUUUACAGGGAAGGCUUAUCAGCAGAGAACACUACAGCGAUAUCAUAGAUGAGAGGGCCAUAACUCUUUUAUGUGGCUAUCCACUUUGUGGAAAUUCCCUUGAAAAUGUAAGUUUCCACAUUCUCAUUAUAGACCUAACCUCUAAAUUAAAAACCUCUACUCUAUUUAACCUUUUACAUUUGUCAGCAUGAUGAGAUAAAAUCCUGUAAACUUGAAAAUAGAGACAGGUAUUUUUAGUUUUUCACUAAAAUUUAUGAUAAUUAAAUUUUUAUAUUUCAGAUUCCUAAAAAGAAAUACCACAUAUCUACAAGGACCAAUAAAGUUUAUGACAUUUCUGAAAGAAAGGUUGGCAUCACUCACUGUUAACAUCAUCAUUUUUUUUUUAAUGCUUUUGUUCUUGAUAGCAAGUUGAAUGACAUUUUUAAAGAAAUAUUUUUGUUAAUAAACUAUUUAUUAGAUCUAUAUUGAUAGCUAUUAGACGUGUUCGGGAAAUAAUGACUGUGUUGUUAUUUUUAUCUUCUCUUUCAGAAUUUUUGCAGCAAUCAGUGUCUUAAGGCUUCCAAACAUUUUCAUACUCAAAUUCCUGAAUCCCCAUUGUGGUCAAGGGAGAGAGAGUUGGAUACUGAAAUUGUUCUCCUUCCAAAUAAAAAUAUCAAGUAACAUAUUGUUAUUCUUGUUUUUUUUUUACUUAGCUUACAGUUUUUUAAAAUAAAUUAUUUAAAAAUGCAAUACAAUAACUAUCUCAAUUAAUGAAUGUAAAAUUUUAAGUUUUUUAAACAUAAUUUAAAUGAAAUUCAAAAAAAAAAUUUUUAAUCCUAUUUCUUUAUAAUUAUUUUUGCACUGGUCUCAUCAAUCUUUAUAAUUCUUUUUUUGCACUGGUCUCAUCAAUACAGAGGGAUUUUAGGGGAUGAAGUUGUUGGAGAAUCCCCAAAAAAACUACUCAAAGAGGAACUAUUGAGACUUGAGGAGCUGGAUAAAAGGUUAUCUCCUUCAAACAAAGAAUCUCCUGAAAUACGCCUGAGAGGGAGGACGCUGGGUGAAACACCAAAACAGAAACUCAGUGAAAAAGUAAAAACUGGAAAAGACACUGAUAAGUUGCCCUGUGACGGGUGUAUAACAAAUGUCAUCUGUGAUCAGGCUGAUGCCAACCGCACAGACAUCCUGGCAUGUGAGAUUAAAAAUCUAACAAUCUCUGACGGUGAAAAUGGUACAAUGCAGAAUGAGGCUCUCAAUGAGAAGAUGGUCACCAACUCUGUUUUGAAACUAAAGGGUUCCGAAAGUUUAAACCUAGUCAGGGAGUCAGAAACAUGUCAAAAGAACAGAAUAACAGAGAGUCCUGUAAGUGGGGAUGACGAAACUAAAACAAGUCACGGGAAUGUUACGGAUAGACAAGGGAGCUCAGUGUCUCAGUCCGAGGGAUCCAAAAUGGAUCAGCUUAUGAAACUUUUAGCUAAAAAGAAAAGUGUUUUAUCGGCUAUGGUGGAUGUCCAGCCUUUGAUUCCAACAAAACCAUUGAGGCCAUUAUUACAGGGAACCAACCCCAUUUCUUUACAGUGUCCAAAUGUACAAUCUUCAUCAACAGUAGAUGCAUCUGGACAAGAAAACCAAGGUGAGGCCAUUAAAAUCCCAUUGGCAACUUCCGACGUUAUGGUAACUGAAAGUGGAUCAAGUGAAAAACCAGUAAAAAGUAGUAACUUUUCUAAUGGCGGAACAAAAAAUUUAAUUUUCUCACCUUUACAGCGUAUAUGCCCGGUCUUGAAAUCGUGGGUUUCAGAGGAUACGUAUAUGUAUAUUUUCUCAAAGUUUGAAAGCAAGGAAACUCCAAUGAGCUUCUCGGAUCCCAAGAUCAAAAUGGGCUAUGCAGAUUUAUGUAAACGUCUAGACAUGCAGCAAAAAGAUUAUGAAAAUAUUGUUGGUGAAUUGGAUGGGGCGACCAGAGCAGAAGAAACCAAGGGAAAGAACCUUAAGGCAACACCUGAUUAUGAGGCCCUGAAAAAAGAGGCUGAAGCUUUUCAGCUAAAGGUGACGGAAUUUCUGACUGGGAAGAGACCCCAGGAUAAAGGUGCCCCUGAUAAAGUGAGUUCAUAUUUACAAUCAUUUUAUUUUAUAUAUUUGUAAUCCUCUAUACUAGACAUUCUAUCAAGUAUCAGACAAUGUAUACUGGUAUGCAUUUUUAUCACUUAAAAAAAAAAUUAAGUUAAAGUACAGUGGAACCUCUCAUAACGAGCACCUCUCAUAACGAGUAAUUCGCAUAAUGAGAAAAAAAAAUGUGAAGAAGUUGCUCCCUUAACGAGCGAUAUUUCGCAUUGCCAGUUACGCAGAAAGGGGAAGUCCCUUUUUCCUGACAUUCAUUUGUGAGCCGGGACUUCCGGUCUGUUAGUGUAUUGUUUUCAUGUGUGAUCACCAGUUUUACAAAUUUUUUAUGCAGACAGUAUUCGUAAUUUUUUUCUGUGCAAAGUGUAAUAACCUGUGCUAAAAUGUCUUCGAAGAGAAAAACCACAAGAAGACAAUCAUAAGAGAGAAAAAAUAACUGUUGAAAUGAAACGUAAAAUCAUUGAAAAGCGAGAACAAGGUGUGAGCGUGGCUAAUCUAGCGCGCACAUACAAUCGGUCAACAUCAACGAUCUGCACUAUUCUGAAGAACAAAAACAAAAUUAAGGAGAUGGAUGCUUCAAAGGGAAACUGUUGCAUCGUACAUUGAGAAGCAUCUCCCUAAUAAGGAGUUGGCUAUUCGUGCUACAAAUUUAUUCAAUGGUAAUGCUGUGACACAUUUUUGUCUAAUUUUGAAGCGUCGGCAAAAACAAAUGUCUUUAGACAGUUUUCUAGUUAAAAAGGAUUAAUUAAUUGUCAUAAAUUCAUAUUUUUAUUUACGUUUUUUGUUUCAAAUCUAAAUUGUAUUCCAAGUUGUUACACUCCUUAACAAUUCAUAAGUAAUUUUAUUUGAAUAAAUGUUAAUAAAAAAUUUUGAAAAAUUUGUAUUUUUUCAGCAUGGAAUGCCUUAUCAUAUUUUACAUUGAUUUGUAUGGGAAAAAUUGUUUCGUUUAACGAGUGUUUCGCCUACGAGUAAGAGUCUGGAAAUAAUUAAACUCGUUAUGAGAGGUUCCACUGUAAUUCCUAUUGCCUAUAUGCCCACAGCACCUUCUGGCUUUUAUUCAAUGUGCUGUUUACUAGACAUUUGUUUUCAAUAUGAUGUACCAUAUUAGAGUAUGUGUACAUUGAAGGGUGGGAAUCAAAGUUAUUUAACCUCAACUAAAAAUGAAUCUGCUGAAUGAGAAACAAUAUAUUUUAGUAUGUUUAACAUAGAGAAGUGCUGUGAUUUGAAAAUGUUCAGGAAGAGAAAUAAGGUAUAUCAAACUCUCAAUAAAAGGGUUUGUGCACAUUUAUUACCAAAAAAAAUUAAAUAUUUUAUCACCAAAGCAAUUUUAGUAUAGAAACAUCAGUAUUUCAUGAAAGCUACAAGUUUAGCCAGUCUCAAAAUUUACCUUGGGGAAAGUUAUAAACGAAAAAUUUGAGCUUUAGGGAUUUCAGUUUUAACAAAUUAAACUUGCAGAAAAAAAUAACCAAAUAUUUAUAUAUUAUUAUUGUUAUUGAUUGUUGCCAUUAUAAGACCAUUCCAAAAUCCUUAUCUACUAGUAAUGCGUUAGGACUUUUACCACAGGAGCUAUUUUGUUGUUGCUCACAAAGAUUAUCUUGCUCAUCUCCCUUGAACUAACUGCUAUUGUUAUUAUUUUCUAUAAUAUAAAUUUAGAAUGCUUAAUUAUUUUCACAAGUUGCUUUCAGUGACCAAUACAAAUCAUAGUUUAUCCUUACAGAAAACAGUGCUAUUUCUGUUUAUGUCCAGAAUAAACCUACAUAGAGAAUAUUGUUUAGCAUAAUUAAAUUGUAUUACCGACGAAUUUUUUAAAAUAAAUUAGUAGGUUAAAAUGUAGACUCCACUCACCUCAAGUAGAUAUUUCAUUUGAAAUACAGUUUAAAAAAGUGAUUACCUUGGUAACUUUUGAAUCAUAACAAUUCAAUGAAACAUACCUAGUGCAGUCAACCCUUAGUUAACUUUUCACUGCAUGAUGUUUAUAGGCUAAAUUUGACUCUCAUACCAUUACUAAUAUACAGCAGGUAACAGAAGAUGAUGAUGCUGACCAUAUCAUUCUUCCAUCUGUUGAUGCAUACAAUCAGCAGCAAAUAAGAAUGAAAAUUGUCCUUUAUCAGCUGGAUAAGUCGUAAGUUUUACCAUUCACUUUACAUUAUAGGAAAAUUUACUUCAAACUAAUGUAAAAGGCAUAUCCUACAGAUCGGUGAUCUUCAUUAUAAAACAUCUGCAUAUUCUUGCCAUUAAAUUAAAGUUAUUAAUUAAAUCUACAUCAGAAAAUAGCUUCAUUGACCCAUCCUGCAUCAUAUAUCAUUGUGCUAUAUAAAAAAAAAAAAAAAAAAAAGAGUGACUCAAAGAAAUACACAAAUAUUUCUUAUUUUAAAAUUAUUUUCUAUUUAAAAUUAAAUCUACAUCAGAAAAUAGCUUCAUUGACCCAUCCUGCAUCAUAUAUCAUUGUGCUAUAUAAAAAAAAAAAAAAAAAAAGAGGGACUCAAAGAAGUACACAAAUAUUCCUUAGUUCAAAAUUAUUGCCAAUUUACAAUACAAAUCCCCUUUUUUAAAAAAAAAAAUGCCUUGAUUUAUUUAUGCAUUACUAAUGUUGGGUUUAUCUUUAAAAAUGUGUCCAGACUGCCAAAUCUCUUAACUCCCUUGGCAUUAUCAGUUCAAGAUGUGUCUACCUUGAUCAGAGAACUUGUUUUUACUUUUCGGUUAGUAUUUCUCUUUGAAUGUUUCUUUCUUUCUUCUUGUAUUAAGUAAAUUCAGUCAUUAAAACUGUUUCAGCUUCUGUCUUAUUGAAGUGAGAUGUGCAAACUUAUAUCAUAGGUUUUGAUUCAAUAUAAAGAAUUACAACUGUUUGAACUAUACUCAGUUAAAUGGCCACCACCUCAUUUGUUUUUAUUUAUUUUUCUAUUAAAAAAAAAAAAUGGUUCAACAUCUGUAUUCCUUAGUUUUUUUAUCAUUAAGUUUAUUCAAUUUCUCUUUUGAAGCAGACGUAAAAUAAUCUUAGUUUUAUUUUUACGUGUUAAUAAUUUUUAAGUUGAUUUUUUAAGAAAAGUUUAAAAUUUCUUUAUGAUUAAAUCCCAACCAAAAUAUCUGUUAUUGUUAUAUAUAUAUGUUAUUGUUAAAUUUUGUAAUUCUUUUUUAGGCUCCAGAAGGACAAUAUUUUAUUUAAACCCUCAGAGUGGAUGAUUGUUGCUAUCUUUAUUCUUAAAAUGUAAGUAUUUUAAUAAUUAAUUGUGGGUGACUUGAACCAGUGUUUAUUUUAUUAGUGAAAGGUGUUUUAAUUUAAUUGUGUUUAAAAUAUUGUCCUCUAAAUUACUCAUAUUUCAAAAUAUUUAUUAAGGGACCAUCCAAAUAGUAAUUACGCAAGGGGGGGGGGGGGGGGGGGGGAUGGUGUCAAUUUUGGAGAUUUUGCAAUGGCUUGCAUCUGGCCAGAGGGGAGGGGGUCUUGGCAGAAAGUAUGUAUAUUUAUUUAUAAAAAAAUAAUUCUGCUCCCCCAGCGGUUACUAAAUCUAAAUGAUCACUAAUUAAGUCCUUAUCGUCACCAAGGGAGUUCAUUGAUGGCUGAUUUCUACGCUAGAGAAAUACUUUAGAUGUCUUGUGUUUAAAUUGUUAUAAUUUUAAAAUGUUGUUUUGCCUAAAAUAUGUAAGUAUUUAUGUGUUGAAAAUGAAUUUGAACAUGGCGAUGAGAAAACAACUUCUUUUUAUUUGAUCAAUGAAAGAAUCUUAACUUAAUUACCCUGAAAAUUCUGACAGUCCAUAAAUAGCACAUCUCUAAUUCUUUAAAAAUAUCAGGCAAUGUUUUGUAAUUUUCGUCUUGUGUGAACAAUUUUUUGCAUAUGUACUAUAGUGAUAGCCCUUAAUAUUACAUUUUUUUUAUUAGUAAUCCAAAUUUUUGCUUUUGGUGCAAUUAUGUCCAAUUGAAAAAUAUUUUAAGUCGUUUUAUUUUUAAUGCCAUUAUUGUUAAUAUCGCGUUCACACUUUGUUUCCUUCAGGUUGUCUCGCAAAAGCAGGCCUAUUGCUAUGGCCUUUCAUGAUGAAUCGGCCACCAAAUUUUUCAGUAUCCUCUUAAAAGGCAUUGGACAUACAACGGAGGACCUUGAAAAACUGACAGAUGAAAUACUUGAGUCUUGCCAUGUUCAAUUAUAAUAAAUAUUAUGCUACUCCGUUUAUUGUGAAUCAGAGCAGCAUAUAAAAUAAACUGUUAUAAAUAC